UGGCUCGAAGGACUAGGCAAGGUGACGACCGACUAUCGAACAGGAAUUAUGGAGUUCAACUCCGAAGGUCGUCAGGUCACCCUCAGCACCGGUACUGAAAAAGGAACUAAGGAAGUAGGGUUGAAGAGCAUCGAGAGAGUUUGGCGUGGUGGAGGCCAAAUCUUUGCAGUAGUAGUCGAGAACAUGGGAGCGGACCUGGAUCGUGACGAACAACAGCAAGGAGACGUACGCGAGCUUCUCGAGGAAUUCGAAGGAGUACUGGGCGAGCCUAAAGGGCUACCACCGCACCGGGAGUUCGAUCAUCGCAUACCAUUGGUCAAUGAACAGCAUGCCAUACAUGUCCACCCCUAUAGGUACGCUCACUUUCAGAAAACCAAGAUCGAAUGGCAGGUUGCGGAGAUGCUAGAAUCAGGACUAAUCCAGCACAGCAAAAGUCCAUUUUCUUCUCCUGUACUGUUAGCUAAAAAGAAAGACGGCACGUGGAGGUUCUGUACUGACUACCGAGCCCUAAACGCCGCAACUAUCAAGGACCGGUUCCCUAUUCCAAGUGUUGAUGACAUGCUUGAUGAGUUAGCUGGGUCACGAUAUUUCUCUAAACUCGAUCUACGAGCUG